AUGCUCCUCUCGCUCACGACCACCUGCUGCUCCGGCCUGCUGCGCCCGAUCUCGCCGCCGCAGGUGAUGGCGCACCACGUCCACUCCGCCGUGAUGACGCCGGAUCUGCACCAGUCCGCCGCAUCGUUGCACCGCGCCGCUCGAUCGCCUGCGUCCAUGUCGGCCGGUGGCGGUGUCGUGCCCAGCGCAGACUACAAGCUCGCGGCGGUCUUCCUUUCGUUCGGCCUGGCGGUGCUCUUCGUGCCGUGGCUCGUGGGCUCCCUCACUCUUCUGCUCGGGAUUCUCUUCCUCGUGCAGACGGCUCGUGUCAGGUUUGUCUUUGACGACGAGGCGUUCGAGGUCAAGGCCAAAGAGAUUGAUGCGCUGUUUGAGGACGACUCGCAGCUCAUCUCCUCGGGCGAAAACUUUGCCGUCGGCGGUGAGAACCGCUGGGCGUACUCGUCCUUUGUCAACUGGUCACCACAGCACGUCCCUUGGGCCAGGGACUUUUUCCCCUCCGAGGACUUGCCCGUGCUGGUCUACUUCAAGGAGACGCAGACGCCGCAGGACAAGUGGGACGUCGGGCCGGGCAAGUGGGCUAACUCGGAGGAGGCCAAGGCCAAGGGGGCGGUGCACUUCUUCCCGUGCAUCGCGAGCGCCGCACAGCUCAAGGAGCAGUUCGAGGCGCGGGGCUGCGCCAAGCUCUGA